AAAAGGAGAGAAAAGAAAGAAAGGGACACAAGGCACAUUCACUCGUACUAUUGAGAAUUCGCAGCCAACGUGACAGAAGAAACCUAAAUCUAUUCAAAGCGUUGAAUUUUCCAAUCUCCCAACAAAAUAGCAAGACACCCUGAAUCCUCUCUCACUCGCUUUGCAUCAACGCAACUAGGGCUUCUUCUCUUUCAAUUUCCCUAAUAUUUAUCCAUUUUCGACACUCCAAUCAUUCACAGCACAAUUGAACCCUUUCUCGUCCUACACUCGAUCCCAUAUGUGUUGAGGAUAGAAUCGUAUCGGUGAUAGUGAAAGGCGUUAUCAUCAAGCAUGGCUUGGUUUAAAGCUGGAACAAGCAUAGCAAAACAUGCAAUCAGGAGAACCCUUUCGAAGGGUGGAUCCACAUAUCUUGUAUCAAGGGCAAGGGUCCUUCCAUCGUCGUCAACAUCAUCACAUGGCAGAAGCUUCCACAGUACGGUUUUCAAAUCAAAGGCACAAGCUGCACCUAUUCCACGAGCGGUUCCUCUUUCGAAGUUAACUGAUAGUUUCUUAGAUGGCACAAGCAGUGUGUAUUUGGAAGAGCUUCAAAGGGCUUGGGAGGCUGACCCCAACAGUGUUGAUGAGUCCUGGGAUAAUUUCUUCAGGAACUUUGUGGGGCAAGCCUCAACCUCACCUGGGAUUUCUGGUCAGACAAUUCAGGAGAGUAUGAGAUUGUUGUUGCUGGUGAGGGCGUACCAAGUUAAUGGCCACAUGAAGGCCAAGCUGGAUCCCUUGAAUCUGGAAACAAGGGAAAUUCCUGAGGAUUUGGACCCUGCACUCUAUGGCUUCACUGAGGCUGAUCUUGAUAGGGAAUUCUUCUUGGGUGUGUGGAGGAUGGCUGGUUUCUUGUCCGAGAACCGCCCCGUCCAAACCCUUAGAUCCAUUUUGACAAGGCUUGAACAAGCAUAUUGUGGAAGCAUUGGAUAUGAGUAUAUGCACAUUGCAGAUCGUCAUAAGUGUAAUUGGCUUAGGGACAAGAUUGAAACCCCCACCCAUACACAGUUUAAUAGGGAGAGGCGCGAGGCUAUCUUUGAUAGGCUUGCUUGGAGCUCUUUGUUUGAGAACUUCUUAGCCACCAAGUGGACCUCUGCAAAGAGGUUUGGACUUGAGGGUGGAGAGACUCUUAUUCCUGGAAUGAAGGAAAUGUUUGAUAGAGCAUCUGAUCUUGGGGUAGAGAGCAUAGUUAUUGGUAUGGCACAUAGGGGGAGGCUGAAUGUUUUGGGAAAUGUGGUUAGGAAGCCGCUGAGACAGAUUUUCUGCGAAUUUAGCGGUGGUCUUCAGCCUGAGGGUGAAGUUGGACUCUACACUGGAACUGGUGAUGUUAAGUAUCACUUGGGGACUUCGUACGAUCGGCCUACUCGGGGUGGCAAGAGGAUUCAUUUGUCUUUGGUGGCAAAUCCUAGUCACUUGGAAGCUGUGAAUCCAGUUGUUGUUGGGAAAACUCGUGCCAAGCAGUAUUACUCAAAUGAUUUGGAUAGAACCAAGAACAUGGGUGUGUUGAUUCAUGGAGAUGGAAGUUUUGCUGGACAGGGUGUGGUCUAUGAAACUCUGCAUUUAAGUGCUCUUCCAAAUUACACCACUGGUGGGACUAUUCACAUUGUGUUUAACAACCAGGUUGCAUUUACAACUGAUCCAACGUCUGGCAGGUCUUCACAGUAUUGCACUGAUGUUGCCAAAGCUUUGGAUGCUCCCAUCUUUCAUGUGAAUGGUGAUGAUGUGGAAGCAGUUGUUCAUGCCUGUGAACUUGCUGCUGAGUGGCGCCAGACUUUCCACUCUGAUGUGGUUGUCGACUUGGUGUGUUAUCGUCGAUUUGGCCACAAUGAGAUUGAUGAACCAUCAUUCACUCAGCCUAAGAUGUACAAGGUAAUCCGAAGCCAUCCAUCAACUCUUGAGAUAUAUGAGAAGAAGCUUUUGGAAUCAGGGGAGCUGUCACAAGAAGAAAUUGAUAAGAUACACAAGAAGGUCACAUCCAUUCUAAAUGAAGAAUUUUUGGCUAGCAAAGAAUACAUUCCAAAAAGAAGAGAUUGGCUUUCAGCAUAUUGGCUUGGUUUCAAGUCCCCUGAACAGCUUUCACGUAUCCGAAACACUGGUGUGAAACCAGAGAUCUUGAAAAAUGUUGGGAAAGCAAUCACGACCAUCCCUGAAAAUUUCACACCUCAUAAAGCUGUGAAGAGGAUUUAUGAACAACGAGCUCAAAUGAUUGAAACUGGGGAAGAUAUUGACUGGGGAUUUGCUGAGGCACUUGCCUAUGCCACCUUGCUUAUUGAAGGCAACCAUGUUCGAUUAAGUGGUCAGGAUGUUGAAAGAGGAACUUUUAGUCACCGGCAUGCUGUGGUUCACGAUCAGAAAACAGGGGAUAAAUAUUGUCCCCUUGACCAUGUUAUAAUGAACCAAGAUGAAGAGAUGUUUACUGUUAGCAAUAGCUCUCUUUCUGAGUUUGGUGUUCUUGGAUUUGAAUUGGGUUACUCAAUGGAAAAUCCCAAUUCAUUGAUAAUUUGGGAGGCUCAGUUUGGUGAUUUUGCUAAUGGUGCCCAUGUGAUAUUUGACAAUUUCUUGGCUUCUGGUGAGGCUAAGUGGCUCCGUCAGACUGGCCUUGUUGUGUUACUUCCUCAUGGUUAUGAUGGCCAGGGUCCAGAGCAUUCAAGUGCAAGAUUGGAACGCUUUCUUCAGAUGGCUGAUGACAACCCUCAUGUUAUCCCUGAGAUGGAUCCAAUUCUUCGGAAACCGAUUCAAGAGUGUAAUUUGCAGAUUGUGAAUGUCACAACUCCUGCUAAUUUUUUCCAUGUUCUAAGGAGGCAGGUACAUAGAGAAUUCCGUAAACCUCUCAUUGUAAUGUCCCCUAAGAACCUGCUUCGUAGUAAGGUUUGUAGAUCAAAUUUAUCUGAGUUUGAUGACGUCCAAGGCCACCCAGGUUUUGACAAACAGGGAACAAGAUUUAAGCGUCUCAUAAAAGACCAAAACUAUCACUCAGAUGUUGAGGAGGGUAUUAGGAGAUUAGUUCUUUGCUCUGGAAAGGUUUACUAUGAACUUGAUGAUCACCGAACUAAGGUUGAAGCAAAGGAUGUUGCAAUAUGUAGGGUGGAACAGCUUUGUCCUUUCCCUUACGACCUUGUCCAACGAGAGCUUAAACGAUAUCCAAAUGCGGAAGUUGUUUGGUGUCAAGAAGAGCCAAUGAACAUGGGUGGAUACACUUACGUUUUGCCCCGACUUGUAUCUUCAAUGAAAGCUGUGAAUAGAGGAGGUUAUGACGAUGUGAAAUAUAUUGGUCGUGCUCCAUCUGCAGCCACAGCCAGUUUCCUCAAGGUUCACCAGAAGGAGCAGACUGAGAUUGCUGAGAAAGCCCUUCAACAGGAACCAAUUGAUUUCCCUUACUGAAAAAUGCAUCCAUUUUUCAAGUGAUAAUAAUGCAUUGAUUUACUUUAUCCGCAUAAGGGUGGAAGGAAGGUGACUUCAUACAUAUGCUUGAGUUUUGACCUUUGGUUUUUUGGUUCCUCACGAAAUGUCAGCUAAGCUAAAUUUCAAUAUUUGCAUGCUCAAACAUUUUUAUUUUAUUGCGAAGAGGUACGCAAAGGUGGUUUCCUUGCUGCUUGUACUGAGGCUUUCAUAUUUAUACAUUUUGUUAUACUGUAAUUUGAAAAUGGAUCUUCAAUAAUUUUUUGACAAUGUAAUUUCAUUUUCCAGAGGCAUGCCUUGGCAUUAUAGUCUCGGGAUCAUGAUCAACAGUUCUUCAAAUAAGUUUUCCCUCACAAUUGUUCUCUUUA